AGAGAGGGACUUAACAUUGUCGUUCUUCUUCGCCGCGCCAUAAACCACCGGAUCAGACCAGGAGAACCUCCCUGAGUACUUCGCCGGAAGUUGACGGAAAGCUUCGCCGGGAUUCUAAGCCGAUUCAAGUCCUAUUCCACCUCGCGACCCAAUCCUUGAGCAGGCAAACCAUGGUGGAACCAAAGCCUGUUAUAGGGCUAACGUGGGAGCCGAAGCUGCCCGGACUUCCAGUCCCUGCCGACAAGCAUAAGCUCCACCAUUCCAAGCCCCCUGAAACUACUAGCUCCGCCCUUUACAUGCCUCGUUCGGAGCUGGUCGAUGGUCUCUUUGUGCCACCUAUAGAUCCCAAAAAGCUUAGGAUUUUACGCCGCAAAGAGGUCAAAGACACCACUGGGAAGAACUGGUUUGACAUGCCUGCUCCGACUCUUACUCCGGAGCUAAAACAUGAUCUUGAGAUAUUGAAGAUGAGAGAUGCUUUAGAUCCAAAGAAGCACUAUAAAAAAGGCGCUUCAAAAUCUAAAGCACUUCCCAAGUAUUUCCAGGUGGGUGUUGUGAUAGAGCCAGCAUCAGAAUUCUAUUCCAGUAGACUUACCAAGAAGGAGAGGAAGGCAACCCUUGCAGAUGAACUGGUUUCUGAUGCCCACCUUGCGGAAUAUAGGAAGCGCAAGGUUAGGGAGAUUGAAGCACAAAGGCGGCCCCAUGUUGUUGCUAAGUGGAAGCACAAAGGCAAGCAGUCGGGGAGGCAUACAAAGCCAAAGCGGCAUUGAUCAGACCGAACCUUUGCUGGUCAUCUCUGAUGAGCUUAAACUUCAUGGCUUUGAUUUAAACUGGACAAGUUAUAUAGAACUUGUUUUGCCUAUGGCUUCUGUUAUGAUGUGCCCUAACUUCACAUCAAACAGGUGAAUUUUGUCUCUAAAAAAAUACUUAGGAGUUUGUUUUAGUUGUACUGUUGUAUUAACUCCAUUUAUUAGACACUUGAUAUGUUUUCCUCUGUAAUAAAUUACUCCUGUCCCAAAAAAGAGUGCAUGCUUUAUUUUUUUAGAUGCUCGUGCCAAUUUGUUGUGCCUGUUUCGUCUUAUAAAAGCACUAACCCUCUAUACAUAAUGAUUAAAUCUAUUUGUAUUCCAAAGAUUGUAUGACAAAAUUCACCACAAAAGUUUACAUUUUGCGUCAAUACCUUGCCCCUACUCGAAAGUAGAGAGGCUGUUUCCAAAGAGACCCCCGGCUCAACGUCGAAAGUUGCAUUGCUUGACUAACUGCUACUUCAUUAAUUAAAGAAGCGCAGACAGUUUAGAAAUCCAUUUUGAUUUAUUCCAUCACACCCCAAAGCCAAAAAAUGGUGAAAUUUUGG